CAAUCCUAGAUGGGGCCAAGCCUGUCUACCCCGCUAGAACCCCACCCUAUUGCUAACUAGAAUACACACUAGUAGUUGCCCCAGCAUUUAACAUUCACAAGUGCCGACCACAAUCCAUCGGGUCAAAAACAUCGAUAUGGAGUCCCCCGAAGAGAAAUUGUUAAGAAGCUUCGUCUUUGGGCGUCUCCUCAACCAAGACACGCGCACCAAAACCGUCAAUCUUCUUGGAAAGAUCGAUUCUCAAUCCGCCAUUGUCAUCGCCGAGAAGACAGCUUUCACCACGGACCCUGAGUUUCUAGAGUCCUUCUCACAGCCCAGUCACUUGUCGGCUUUGUCUCUAGUCGAGCGGAACGAUAUAUACCACUGGUUCCUGGCUUCCCAAGCCACCGGAGAGCUGCCUAGGCAUGCGGAGGCGAAGCUGACGCUGAUAUUUCCGGCCACGGAAACGCAUAUCCGGAAGUAUUCAGUCCAGAGCCUCAGGAUGGUUACAGAGACGCCAGAGAUAUAUCGAGAGCAUGUCUUGCCGUACGUCAGUUCGAAGAGAGGGGGUGGAAGGCUGAACUGGGUUUACAAUGUCCUUGAGAAGAAGAGGGAGAGCGAGAGCAUCAUCAUUGAGGAUACUGAUGAGCAGGAGGGGUUCAUGUUACUUCCGGAUCUGAAGUGGGAUAGAAGAACCAUGAGCAGCUUAUACACGAUGGCACUGGUUCUCAGAAGGGACAUCACAUCGGUCCGAGACUUGAAGAAGAAAGACGUCCCCUGGUUGCGCAGACUUCAGAAGAAGAUCCUAGAAGGAAUCUGUGACAAGUAUUCCGGGAUUGAAGCGGAUCAAAUCCGACUCUACAUUCACUAUCAACCCUCCUACUACCAUUUCCACAUUCAUGCCGUUGCGAUCUCGCAUGACGGUGGAGGUGGCCAGGCCGCGGGAAAGGCGAUGCUACUGCAGAAUGUUAUCAGUCAACUAGAGGGUAUGGCUGGCGAGGGCGAGGUGGGAUUUGCAGAUGUGGAGUUGACGUAUUUCGUGGGCGAGGAGAGCGAGCUGUGGCAAAAUGUAUUUUCCAAGCUCAAGAAGUAAGGCUACGAUAGAGAGUGGAUUGAUUGUCAUGGCUUCCAAUGCUACAAGUACCUAACAGCCCCAACGCAUUGCCCGAUA